AUGUUCAAUGUGCAUACAUUAAGAGAUAUAAAAGAUAAAGGAGAUCCUAAAGUGAUCGGACAUCGGCUUGGUAGCAUCCGUGAAUUAGAACUUGAGAAAGCAUUACGCAGUAGCAUCAAAACUGCUUCUGAUAUUGCUAAUGAAUAUAAAGACCUCCAGGGCGUAUAUUUAAAACAAAAAGAGGAUCUUGUGCUAGUUAAGU